GAAAAGAAGAAGCUAAAAAAAGAAAGGAAGAUCGUAAAUCACGAUCAUCUUACAUUAUCUAACAACUUUAUUGGCUCGAAUUUCUUCAUUCCUUUGUGUUUGUACGUCUUGGAAGAGAGAGAGAGAGAGAGAGAUGGUAAACUUUUUUGCGGUAUACAGGCUACUGUUGCGUGGACUAAUGAGGCUUGCUGGGGUGAAACCCCAAAUGGUGGAAAUAGAACCAGGAACAGUGAUGAACUUCUGGGUCGGCAACGACGCCAAUAACAAAGCAAGCAAACCGAAGCCUGCUGUGGUUUUUCUUCAUGGGUUUGCGGCGGAUGGUAUUAUAACAUGGCAGUUCCAAGCCUUAGCUCUGGCGAGAAAGUACAGAGUUUUUGUUCCGGAUUUGGUCUUCUUUGGCGGUUCACUCACCGACAAAUCUGAGCGGUCGCCGGAGUUCCAAGCGGAGUGCGUGGCUAAGGGUCUGAGGAAGCUGGGGGUGGAGAGGUGCACCUUGGUAGGGUUGAGCUAUGGAGGGAUGGUUGGGUUCAAGAUGGCUGAUAUGUUCCCGGACUUGGUUGAGUCUUUGGUGGUGACAUGCUCUGUCAUGGCCUUGACCGAGUCUAUCUCUGCUGCGUCCCUUGAGAGGAUCGGUUUCAAAUCCUGGCCAGAGUAUUUGCUUCCGGACUCCGUCAAGGGAGUUGACUUGCUUUUUGACAUUGCCACCUACAAGCUGCCCAACAUCCCUAAUUUCAUUUACAAACACUAUUUCGAGGUAAUGUUUGACAACAGAAAGGAGAAAGUAGAACUACUCGAGGCUUUGGUCAUUGAUGACAAGGACUUUACCCUAACUCAUUACCCACAGAGGGUACAUCUACUGUGGGGAGGGAAUGACAAUAUCUUCACCAUGGAAGUUGCCAACAACUUAAAGAGGCAACUGGGAAACAGAGCUAGGCUCCAACACAUUGAGAAAGCAGGCCACCUUGUUCAGAUGGAACGACCAUUCGUCUACAACAAGCAUCUCAAAGAAAUACUUUCAACUUUAUGGGAAGAUGGACACAAAAAACAGUGAAGCUUUUAUCGUUUGUCAUCCUUAAUUUUAAUUUCUAGCGACAAAGUGUCGUGUUUCUGUUUUAAAUUGAGAUGUUUGAUUGGAAAGUUUUGGCUCCCAGGACCUGUUCGAUA